AAAAAAAUCAUCCGAUUCAUCGGCCUUGAAGAUUUCUUGCAAGAAAGGAAGUUAAUAUGAUGAUUUGUUAACCAGUAUGACGUUUGAAAUUAAAGCAUAAAAAGAGCAAAGACUCACGAAAAACAUUCUCUCGCUGAUAAUACAGUAAUACGGGAUAACAAACUAGCUAUCGUACACCGUUUUCGAAUUUCCUCGAGCCCCUAGUAGGAAUAUCAUUUAUUUACCAGUGUAUUUGAAUCUCUGGCUUUGUUGAGAAUGGAAUAAAUCUUCGAGAAAAGUAAUGGAAGCAACAGCGAGUGUCAUCAAAGAGGACAUAUAUCCUUCCUCAUUUAGGUCUCCAGAAAAGAAGCCCAGGAAAGCAGGUAAGAAUGAUUCUACCUCUGGAGGCACAGGAAGAACUUGUAAGGAGCACACAUUUCUGACUGACGUGGCAGAUGUCCGGACAAUGGAGCAUGGAUUGCUACAGCUUCUAGAAGAUUUUCAUUGUGGAAAACUACAAGCUUUUGGUGGAUCCAUGACGUUUGAGAAGAUGGACCAAAUCCGAGAACAGCAGGAGCAGCUCGCUCGACUCCAUUUUGAGAUGGACAUACAGCAAGACAUGCAGAGGCGAGAUACUGAUGAGGGGCGAGCAGCAGCCAAUGAGAAGCUGAGAAAACUUGUAGACAAGCUGCAUUCAAUAAGUUCAUCCAUUCAAUCCCUUCCAAAGAAUGAUGGACACAAAUAACUGAGAUCCUCCCCAAGAAUCCAAAAAUCCAAAGGAAUUCCAGCUUAUAACAUGAUUCCAGUUCUGAUUGUUGUGAUGAUUGCAAUGUCUGUAUGUAAAUGUUUGACCUAUAUAUUAAGACUAAAUCUCCAAGUCAUUUUAAAACUAAAUGAAUUUUUUUUUGUCAUUACUUUUGCUUUGCUUGUAUUGUAAACAAACACACAGUUUUAUUUUUGAGGAAUUUUUUGCCAAAGUAUGCUAGUAAAUAAUAUGUUUUGUAAUGUGUCAAGUAAUAUUUAUUGCAAUAUAUAUGUGUACAUGUAUAUUCAUAAGUCAGUGCUAAAAAUGAAUUAAGCAGUCAAAGUUCACAAUGCACUUUUUCAGUUGAUACCUGUAUGUUAUUGCAGUGUUUGUUGGUUUUGAUAUUGUGCACUUGUAUUGAGUACAUACAAUAAGCUCAAUCAUAUACCUGUCUCAGAUCUGAUUUUUUUAUAUUUAGCUUAAUUUACAUAAUUAUGACCACUAUGCCAUAUCUUUGCUUAGUUUUAGAAUCAUUAUUUUUUUUAAAAGUUACAUUAUGUAUGUGUAUAAAUUUUUUUCCAAACCAAAGGAAAUAGUAAAAAUCCACAAAUUUUAUCUUGUUUACUAUGAUAAAAAUGUAUUGGCCUUUUCAUAAAUGCUUUUAUGUAUACCUCUAAUAUACAAGUAUUUUUUAUCAAACUAAGAGAAAGUUUUUUCUUGUCUUCAUCCCAUGUAGCUUUGGGUGAGGCAUUGUUUAUACAAACUAGUACAGAGUUUAGGGCAUUUUUUAGAACUAAUUUAUCAUUUACACUCAUAUCCUUAUGAACAGUAUGAUGCUGCAUUCAUUAGUUCUGAAUAAUUUUAAAAUGCUGUGAUCAAACUUUUAUAUUAAACCUGGUACUUGGUUAUAGGGGCAUGCCACGUGAAUUAAAGACAAACAACGAUUUGUAAAGAAUUUCUCUUUUACGAAGUAAUUGGCCAUAAUUUAAUGAUUGGAAUACCUAACCAAUAUAAUUGAUACACGUAUUUCUAAUUUCGAUUCAUAAUGUUGUUUUCUUUAUUAGUGUAUAUUGAGUAGGAAUGUUGACAGUACUUGUAGAUACAUGUGUUUUGUAUUUUAUGAAAUCACUUAAAAGUUUAUUUAGAUCGUAUUCCAAAUACAUCACUGGUGCUCAUAGUGUGCAAUGCUUUAGCAUAUGACUUGAAAAUAUUUCUGCCUCGGUAUGUUUGUCAAAAAUGGAACCAAGUUACUGUAAACUUGCUCAAAAUUUUAAUUUAUAAAUAAGUGCCAAUUAUAAAUGAGUAACAAAUUUACCAAAAUAAUGAAUAGUCGCUUGAUAUAUAUACUUAUAUUUUUAUUUAAUCUAGUGACAAACCUUAAGAAUUAAAAUGAAUUUGAAAUCUAGAAAUGAUUGAUCAGGGGGUGGUGUUGUUGAGGGUGGGAUUGAAUAGAUAAUUUCAAUGAUUUUGUAAAAGUAGCAAAGUAUCUGUAUCAUUUAAAGUAAUUAACAUAAAAAGUAAAACAAGAGUGUCCAAACAAUAUCUCUCUUGAAUGAAAUUAACAUUUGACUUGUAUAUUUUUUAAUGAAUAAAACCUUUGACCCCCUUAAAGCAUCACUCACCCACUGCUAUCUUCAUUGUCAUCUCACUCUACAUUUUAUUAAAAGAAAAAUAAGUAGCAUCAGGUGCCUGUGUACUACACAGUAGAAAAAAAAUUCUUUUGUUUACUCAUCAGAUACCAUAAAAAUGAUUUUUUUUUUCACAAUUCCAAGCUUAAAGUAUUUUAAAAAUAAUGCAUACAGUCAUGUAUAUUCAAACCAUUGUGGAUUGUGGAUGAUUGUUCGAUGACAUUGUAUGUUUUUUUUUUAAAUCUUAUUUUCUCAAAAUUCACAAAUUGAAUGUCUGAUAUGGUGUCUGUUAAUUUGAUUUAAAGAAACUAGCCAUUCCAACUAGAAAUAGUAUGUGCACUUUUACAAUACAUAUCACUCUUUUUGUUAACAUGACUCUGAAUCUGUAAUCUUUGAAACAGAAACAUUCCUCUAUUGAUUAUAAAUACCCCUGCAUAUAUGUUAAGGUUUAUGCCAUGCAAAGCGGCCAAAUGAAGGUUCUUUAAAAUAACUGUGUUCAGAAUUGUUGUGAAACAUAUGCUAUUGUUUUUUUUUAUUUAGCGAUUAUACACAUUAUAUACCUUUUCACAAAGAAAAUGAAGUAGUCCAAUCCACAAAACACAUCAGUAUUUUAAGUAAAAUUAUUUCACUGAUUGCAUGUAACCAAGUUUUUAAGAUAAUGAAAGAUAUCAGUAUUUCAAAUAAAUAAUGAACUAAUCUAUUACGAAUUUCGCAUUUUUGGACAUAUGGGAUUAUUUAAUUAGUUACAAUUUGUCAUUUUCUUAUUGUCUUCUUAAUACAUAUACAGCUUUUUGUAAAUCAUACUUCUCUGCGCAUAGACAGUGUUUUUAUGUUCGAAAUGAAAUCCAUCAACUUUGGAGUACUCUAUAUAAUUGUUUUUUUCCCCCAAAAAUAUUUAUUAUCUGACAUGUAACAAGCUCUAAUGAUUAAAUCGACUACCGUGGAGGUUUUGUCUUUCACAAAGUACAAUAUAGAAACUUUACACUGUAAGAACAGGACACAUUUUUGGAAAAUUAUAGCUAAUAAAGCUUUUGUGAUCAUUA